AACUCUGACCGGAAAUUCAGCUCCUUAUUGUCGCUUGUUUGACGGUGGGCCAAGCACUGUAGCUUUCCGUCCUAAUGAAAAUAGCAAAGUGUGCACACUGUGCAGUGUCCUUGUAUUCUGUCAGAGAGCGGAGGUGUCGCAGUCAGUAGCCUACCGGAGAGAGGGUAAAGUGCCCGGCCUGGAGUGCCACUGUCAUCGGACGUCAGGAACCAGAAAGUCCCGUCCUUCUGACUGACUGAUCCCCCGGCUUGUGGAGCCGCUUUCUCCUUGGAUGACCUACACGCAACCUCUCACAGGAGCAGCGGAACGUCGCUUCGUAGCCUACAGCUGAACACCUGCUGGUUAGGAGGCGCAGCGGGCUGCGUGUUAUACAACUCCCAACCAGGCAAAAAAAAAAAAAAAAAAAAAAAAAAAAAAAAGAGUCUCUUGCAAGCGUCAGGCCGACUCUGGAGCAGCUGGGGAACGAAAUAAGACGCGUCGCGAAUUUCUUUUCCAACAUCGUGGCUGCGUCAGGAGGAGCGGACAGCGGACUAAAAAGUUGGGAGUUGACAGUCAAUGUGCGCACCUGAUACGUAAGAAGACAAAGACCGGUCCUUUUAAACACAGACACUACAGAAUACCUUGGCGUUCACAUGAUGUACACAAUCACCAGAGGUCCCAGCAAACUUGUUACACAACGGAGGACAGGUCCCACGCAACAAAUCGAGAGCAAAUUCAGCGACUUGAAGCUCAAGCCGACGUCUUGGCUCUCAUCAAACUCUCCGCCCCCAAAGAUCGUGUUCAAUCGUCUGAACGGGAAGCGCUACCACGGUGCAGCCACACAGAAGACCGCCAGCCCGGCAGAGGGAUUCACUCCUGCACAUGAAGAGAACGUCCGAUUUGUGUAUGAAGCGUGGCAGGAGGUGGAGCAGAAGAUGGGAGACGGGGAAGGUGGGGAGUCAACUGCCAGCCAGGGGCCCGUUCAGUACGCUGAGAAGACUCCCAGUGCUGCGAUGAAGAACUUUGUGCCCAUCGACCUGGAGGAGUGGUGGGCUCAGCGCUUCCUUGCCAACAUUGCCAACCUGUCCUGACCGGCUGAGGCUUUGAGGCGGGACAGGAAGCACGGCGCCGAUGCUCCGUCGUGAGGGCAUCACGAGGGUGGAGAGGCGAGGCGAGCAAGUCUCCGGUAUCUGUGGUGAAAAAGGGUCGUGCGUAAUUAGGAAUCUGAUUUGAUGCCCUGUGCUUCAUGCUGCUGUAGACGCAACAACAGUGACCUAACUGAACUGUGACAGCGCCGACUCGAGGUUGUGCUGUUGUGAAGGACCCGUCUCUCUCUCUCUCUCUUGACGUAUCUGAUAGAAGUUGGGAGAACCCUGCAUUCUUUCUCAAGUGUUCUCGGGCUGUAUGUACGUCUUGGCUGAUCUUUGGAUAUAAAUCUAUUGAAGAGCAAAAAAAGUAAAAUGUUUUUCAAAAA